AUGCAACCUCCGGUGGUAAAUAUGACUGACUGCUCUUUCUUCUUACGCACUUUUAAGCAAAGUAAAGCAGCGGUUCGGCUGAAAGAAGACAUGAAAAAGAUAGUGGCGGUGCCACUAAAUGAGCAGAGGGAUUCUACCUGUGUAAAGUUAUUUGGAGUGAGUCUUCAAGAACUUCAUCAGCACGGGCUCACUGAGAAUGGUAUUCCAGCUAUAGUGUGGAACAUAGUUGAGUACUUGACACAGCAUGGACUCACCCACGAAGGGCUUUUUAGGGUGAAUGGUAAUGUGAAGGUAGUGACACAACUUCGACUGAAGUAUGAGAGUGGAGUGCACGUGGAGCUUGAGAAAGAUGGAGAUGUCUCCUCAGCAGCCAGUCUGUUGAAGCUCUUCCUGAGAGAACUUCCAGAGAGAGUGAUCACUUCAGCAUUACAUCCUCGAUUCCUUCAGCUGUUUCAGGAUGGCAGAAAUGAUGCUCAGGAAGAUAGCUUGAGAGACUUAAUAAAAGAGCUGCCUGAUGCCCACUACUGCCUCCUGAAGCACCUAUGCCAGUUCUUGACAAAAGUGGCCAAGCAUCAUGUGCAAAAUCGCAUGAAUAUUCACAAUCUCGCCACUGUAUUUGGGCCAAAUUGCUUUCAGUAA